AUGUCCAAGCAGCCCACGAAAGAGAAGAAAAGCAAAGCCAAAUUCGGUCGAGACAUCAAUAGACUGAGUAGAAAUAAAAACAUCAAGGGGAAAAGUAUACAUUUAGAAGAGGAUAAGAAGAAGAAACCGCAAAUAAAUUUGCUCCCAAGUAAGAAUGUGAAUGAUAUCAUUGAUAAAAUAGUCAAGGAGGGGCCGAAAAAACUGAAAAGGAGCAAUGUUUCCGAAAUUUCUAAAAUGAUUUUAGGAAAUUUGGAGAACGUUCUGGGAAAAGCGAAAAAGGCGAAUAUAGAAAAUCUAACGCGAAAGAGCUUUGAAAAGAAACUGCGAAGCCAUAAGAACGAAAACAAUUCGGAUUCGGAAGUGAUGACUAUGACCUUUUCAAAAAAAAGUGGAGACAAUUCAGCUAGGAGAGUCGAUAUGGAAAAAAACCCACCGCCUCUGAGGAAACUGCUCAUUGGGAAAACGGAGGAAGAGAAAAAUUUAAUUUCUUCUAAAAUAAAGGACAUGCUAAACACUCCCCACGAAAUUAAAUUCGUCGACGAAGAUGCCAAAAAAGUAUACAAGAAAAAAGUGGUUAAAAAAUUACGAGGUUUGUCGCCCAUGAACAAAACGGUUUACCUGACAAAAAGUCAAAAAGCGGCGAAAGCACAAGAAGAGAAGCCCAAAGAGAAGAAAAAGCCGGUUACGGAAGAACAACUUUUGAAAAGGUUUGUCAAAAACGGUAUGACGUUGCCAAAUGACAAGAGUGAGCGGAAAAGAAUAAUAUCUUGUUUAUGGCAGACGAAACGAUCCCUUUGGAAAAAGAGAGCCCAAUUGAUCAAGCAAAUAGAAGAAUCGUCGAGAGCGGAUUUUAAACCGAAAGAACAGAAAGACCACGGAGACCAACCUUCUGAUGCCGCCUCAGUGGUGAAAACAUACGUCGUCCCUGACACAGUGAAAGGGGCUAAGAAAAAAAACUUGUCUCUUGUCGACAGCGUCGUUUACAUAGAAGAAAAGCAGAGGGGAAAAAGCGAGAACGUACAAUCCACCGCAUCCCAAGAAAAUUAUCCGGAGACGUCGGACAAACAAGUUAAGACAGAGAGGCAUCACGGACAACCGGACAAAAAAGUAUUGCCUAAAGUGAUGACCUGGAAUACAAAACCUCCGAAUAAGGAACAGCAACCGAAGGUAGCGGUUUCAAACGAAUCAAAACAGGAAAAAACCGAAGCGAAUAAAAUGCACCAUAGGAUGAAAAAUCGUUACACGCUUUUGCCCAAUCGAAACCAACAACCGAAGAAAACUGAGGCCGUCGUUCCAGAGGUGAGGGAACACGAGUUACUAGGCAGAGAACAACUUGGAGUCCCGGAAAAGGCGUAUAAACAGAUCAUACAAGACGUAGCUAAUUUUAUCAAAAAGGAAGAGAAAAAAAUAGUGCAAAAUCUAUGCGAAAAAUACAAAGAAGAAUCGAAGCAGAGCCCCGAGGAAGUCGGCAAUAGAGAGAACGCGAAAAGUGACGAGCGAAGUGAUUUAUCAGAGAAAAAGACCCAAAACGAUAAUCAAUCUUCCGAACAGGGUUUUGAAGUUUUGCCUUCAAAACCAAAAAAGCCACAGCAGGUUAAGAAAAAGGAAAAUAAAAACGUGCCUCUUCCAGUUAAAGAAAAGACAGUCAAGGGGAAUGUAAUGAAGAAAAAGGCCAACUCGAGACAGUUGUCAAAGAUGUCUAAGACGAGGCUGCAAGGCUCCAAGAACAGAAAAAAACCUUCCGUCAAAAGCGGAACUUUAAAAAAAAAGUCUAAAAACGCGGCCACAGCUCAGGCAAAAGCUAAGACGAACGUCAAAGCGGGCGAGUUAAAAGGGAAAGCAAAUAAGCCCAAAUCACCCGCGGCCCAAAAUAAAAGUAAGGCGAACCAAACAAAAGAGAAGGAUGGCACGACAAAAGGCGUCACUGAGGGAAUCGCCAAAACCACCACGGCCAAAGUGAAUGUCGAUCAGUCCAGCGGGUCAACUUCGGAGUUAGACCUCACGACAUGCCACACCAACAGCACCGCUGGAGUCAGCGACAAACAAGCUAAGCAAGAACUGCAACGACGUAAAGCCGCCAACGCUCAACGGCUCAGAUUAAAGAUGAUGGAAAACAAAAGGGUUUUUGCAGAAAUGAGAAAGCUUCAACAGGGCGAUCCUUUAUUCACGAAAGUCUACAAUUCAAGCCCGUUCGGCUAA